CAAUCAACAGGCAGCAGCGGUCAGUGACGCUCGAGCAUGCGCCGGAAGUGUGGAGGAGGACUCGUGCUCGACUCGAUAGGCAUGACUUUCUGUCUGGAGCUGCAGGCCGCGAAUCGAUCAGACACAAUGCGGUUUAUAGAGGCAUAAUAGCGGGGUUCUCUCAUGACAGGACCGCACUGCUCCGCUUGAGGCCGCUGGAUGGAGAAACAGCAAACAUGGCGAGCUAACCGGGUCGAGCGGGAGCGGAGUGAGUGUGUGCGCGCGUGAUUUUGUGUGUGAGGUCAUCGACCGCAAUGAUGCAACAGAAGCGCAACAUUCAGAUCAUCGAGUGGGAGGAUCUGGACAAGAGGAAGUUCUACUCUCUGGGCGUCUUCAUGACCAUGACCACACGGGCCGCCGUCUACCCAUUCACCCUGAUCCGCACCAGACUGCAGGUCCAGAAGGGGAAGUCGCUCUAUAACGGCACCUUCGACGCCUUCUGGAAGAUUCUGAAGGCCGAGGGGACGCGUGGCCUUUACCGAGGGUUCAUGGUCAACACGUUCACGCUGAUCUCAGGUCAGGCCUACAUCACUACCUAUGAGCUGGUGAGGAGACACGUGUCCUGUUACUCGUCCAGUAACACCAUCAAGUCUCUGGUGGCGGGCGGCGCGGCCUCGCUGGUGGCCCAAAGCAUCACGGUGCCCAUCGACGUGGUGUCCCAGCAGCUGAUGGUGCAGGGUCAGGGGUGUCAGCUCACACGCUUCAAACUCAAGUCCAAGAUGGUGAUGGCCACAUCCAAGCACAAAGUGACGUUUGGCCAGACCAGAGACAUUGCGGUGCAGAUUUUUCACGCGGAUGGAUUUCGGGGCUUUUAUCGUGGAUAUGUGGCAUCGCUCCUCACCUAUAUACCCAACAGCGCCAUUUGGUGGCCGUUUUAUCACUUUUAUGCAGAGCAGCUCUCCAGACUGGUUCCGGUGGACUGUCCGCACCUCCUCCUGCAGGCCGUGGCGGGACCGAUGGCUGCAGCUACAGCCUCCACCCUCACCAACCCCAUGGACGUGGUCCGAGCCCGAGUACAGGUACAAACUCACCCAUAA